GCAACAAGCAGAAACAUGGCAAGAACCAAGCAAACCGCCCGUAAAUCUACCGGAGGUAAGGCUCCCAGGAAGCAGCUGGCCACCAAGGCUGCGCGUAAGAGCGCGCCUGCCACCGGCGGCGUGAAGAAGCCUCACCGUUACAGGCCCGGUACCGUGGCUCUCCGAGAGAUCCGUCGCUACCAGAAAUCCACGGAGCUGCUGAUCCGCAAGCUGCCCUUCCAGCGCCUGGUGAGAGAGAUCGCUCAGGACUUCAAGACCGACCUGCGCUUCCAGAGCUCCGCGGUCAUGGCUCUGCAGGAGUCCAGCGAGGCUUACCUGGUCGGCCUGUUCGAGGACACCAACUUGUGCGCCAUCCACGCCAAGAGAGUCACCAUCAUGCCCAAGGACAUCCAGCUGGCCCGCCGCAUCCGUGGAGAGAGAUCACCAUAUCUGUGUAUUCUACAAUCUGAUAAAAUGAGUGGCCGUGGAAAAGGAGGAAAGGGUCUCGGUAAAGGAGGCGCUAAGCGUCACCGCAAAGUUCUCCGUGAUAACAUCCAGGGAAUUACCAAGCCCGCCAUCCGCCGUCUGGCUCGCCGUGGCGGAGUGAAGCGUAUCUCUGGUCUGAUCUACGAGGAGACUCGUGGGGUGUUGAAGGUUUUCCUGGAGAACGUGAUCCGUGAUGCUGUCACCUACACCGAGCACGCAAAGAGGAAGACUGUGACCGCCAUGGACGUGGUUUAUGCUCUGAAGAGACAGGGAAGAACUCUGAUGCCUGAACCCGCCAAGUCCGCGCCCAAGAAGGGCUCCAAGAAAGCCGUGACUAAGACCGCCGGCAAAGGAGGCAAGAAGAGGAGAAAGAGCAGGAAGGAGAGCUACGCCAUCUACGUGUACAAGGUGCUCAAGCAGGUCCACCCCGACACUGGCAUCUCGUCCAAGGCCAUGGGCAUCAUGAACUCCUUCGUCAACGACAUCUUCGAGCGCAUCGCCGGUGAGGCGUCUCGCCUGGCUCACUACAACAAGCGCUCCACCAUCACCUCCAGGGAGAUUCAGACCGCCGUGCGUCUCCUGCUGCCCGGUGAGCUGGCCAAGCACGCCGUGUCCGAGGGAACCAAGGCCGUCACCAAGUACACCAGCUCCAACGGCCUUCUCGGUCUUCUUGGGCAGAAGAACAGCCUGGAUGUUGGGCAGCACGCCGCCCUGAGCGAUGGUCACUCCGCCCAGGAGUUUGUUGAGCUCCUCGUCGUUGCGGACGGCCAGCUGCAGGUGGCGGGGGAUGAUACGGGUCUUCUUGUUGUCGCGGGCGGCGUUUCCAGCCAGCUCCAGGAUUUCAGCGGUCAGCUCAGACAGCUCAAAAACCUCCUUUAUAUGUCCACGAAAGAGCGGAGACUCCUGCCAGACCAACCAGAGCAGAGCAGCAGAGGGGGGAUCACCCUCUGUCCUUUCAAGCGACUUUUGUCCAAUAAGCAGCGGGGUCUCGGGCUCCUCUGGGCGGCGCUGCGCUACAAGAAGAGCCGCUCACCACCAAUCAGGAGCCGGAGGACUGAAGCAGCGUCACCGUGUCACAGCUGCUCCCACAGUUUAAGAGCAGAGAGUCGCUCGUGUCUGCUUCACUUUUUCCUCCUGUUGAAAGCAACAAGCAGAAACAUGGCAAGAACCAAGCAAACCGCCCGUAAAUCUACCGGAGGUAAAGCUCCCAGGAAGCAGCUGGCCACUAAGGCUGCGCGUAAGAGCGCGCCUGCCACCGGCGGCGUGAAGAAGCCUCACCGUUACAGGCCCGGUACCGUGGCUCUGCGAGAGAUCCGUCGCUACCAGAAAUCCACGGAGCUGCUGAUCCGCAAGCUGCCCUUCCAGCGCCUGGUGAGAGAGAUCGCUCAGGACUUCAAGACCGACCUGCGCUUCCAGAGCUCCGCGGUCAUGGCUCUGCAGGAGUCCAGCGAGGCUUACCUGGUCGGCCUGUUCGAGGACACCAACCUGUGCGCCAUCCACGCCAAGAGAGUCACCAUCAUGCCCAAGGACAUCCAGCUGGCCCGCCGCAUCCGUGGAGAGAGAGCUUAAACUCUGUGCUUAUGCUCCACUAACGACCAAACCGGCUCUUUUAAGAGCCACUAUACUCUGAACUCAAGACCACAUACCUCUGCUGCUUCAAUGUUUUUAAUAACGGAUAAAAGUUCCCUAACUAUAAUAUGGUAUAUUACAGUAUUGUUACAAUAUCAAGUAGUUUGACAAUCUUAGCUGUCAUCAGUAAUUAUGGUGAUCGUCAGCACAUGCUACUGAUCACACAUUGAGCAUAAGAUUUAUUGCACACUGCAUUCGGUCAGAACUAGCAUUGAGAUGAACGAGGAAAUAUUAGCUUAGAAAAAUAAAUUUCAGUUGAAGAGGA